UUUCAACAAUGUUAAUUAGUUGUCUUCCUCAUCACCGAUAUUGUCAGCACGGCCUUCCAUGAUUGAACAUAAAUCAUAAAGUUCACAACAUAAAUAAAUUUGUAUUGGAGAAUAUAAAGUCUACAGCAAUAAUAACAGCUUCUUUAGAGCUUAAGCGUAGAUAAAAUUUCAUCUGAUCCGAAUGAUCGGAUUUGUUUGGCUCGGAUAAAAUCAAAUUUUAACAUAUAACUUUGGGUUCACACACAAAAUUUUUUUGUUCCGUUUAAAAUAUGUAAGUAUUUUCUAGAAUUUUGAGUUGCAAACGCUAAUUCAAUGAAUUCUCCCUUCCCCAUUUAUCCUGCUUUGCACAUGUAGCUCCAAUUCAGAGAAAGAAUACAAGAAUUUGAGAAAGCUAGCCAAGAUUUCGCUUGCAAUGGCUGGAGGUGGCGAGCCGAUGCUACUCGACUUGGUGCAGGAAAUAUCUAGCUUCUCCUGCGGAAGCAAUGGCAGUAAAGAAGCGCCGUUGUUUAAGAAGGAUUCCACGGAUCUUGUCCGUCGUGUUGCGUUGUUGACGCAUUUACUGGAGGAGAUUAGGGACUUCAAGGGAGAUUCUCAGCCGUCCGAUGCGUCUACUUUGCCUGAUUGGGGAUCCGAUCUGGUGCUUGCGCUUCAGGCCGCUCAGCGCCUGCUAUCAGUUGCAAGUUCCUACAGCUCUAACACCAUUUCUGAUGGAGCUUCCAAGAGAAUUGCUUUCCAGUUUCAAUGUGUGACAUCCAAAUUGGAGAAGGCGCUUGGCAACAUUCCAUAUGAGCAUUUUGACAUCUCUGAGGAAGUUCAAGAACAGGUUCAAUUGGUGAGAACACAAUUGAGAAGGGCCGCAAAAAGAUACGGGUGUAGUAGUGCGAAAAUGAUCUCCCAUGCCAUAUCCCAACCAUUGGAGAGACAGUUUGAUAGGGCACAAUCUAGUAAGAUGAUUGCGCAUAGUGUCAGUAACAAUCAUGAAGUUACAGCUAAGCUGGAGAUGGUUCCUGGAAGUAAUGUUCGUAAGCGUCGAGGAGCAGUUCAGAUGGUUAGUAUAACGGAAAGCGCAAUGACCUUGUUUACAUCAUCUGAUACCUCUUUGUCGAAGGACAUUGAUGCUGCCAAGCAAGAGAACUCAAGUACAGAUAUAGAGGAAGAAAAAGAACAAGUAGUUGUAAUCCCUGAUGAUUUUCUAUGCCCUAUUUCCUUGGAACUAAUGAGGGACCCUGUUAUUGUGGCCACUGGACAGACAUAUGAGAGAUCUUACAUUCAAAGAUGGAUAGAUGGCGAGAAUGCAACGUGCCCAAAAACUCAGCAGAAGUUAGAAAAUUUAACUCUGACCCCCAAUUAUGUUUUGAGAAAUCUAAUAACUCAGUGGUGCACUGAGCACAAUAUUGAGCAGCCGAAUGGAUUAGUGAAUGGGAAGAUGAAAAAGAGUGAUGGAUCUUUACAUGAUGUUAGUGGUGAUGUGCAAGCCAUCCAAACACUAGUUCGCAAGCUCUCAAGCAGGUCAAUGGAGGAGCGUAGAGCUGCUGUGGUGGAAAUCCGUUCACUAUCCAAGAGAAGCACAGAUAACAGGAUACUCCUAGCACAAGCAGGAGUGAUUCCAGUUCUGGUCAGCCUUUCAACUACAGAUGACACUUUGAUACAGGAAAAUGCAGUUACUUCCAUUCUUAACCUCUCCAUAUUUGAAAAUAAUAAAGGCCUAAUAAUGCUCGCUGGUGCUAUUCCUUCUAUUGUCCAAGUCCUGAGAGCUGGAAGCAUGGAAGCAAAAGAGAAUGCUGCAGCAACCCUUUUUAGCUUGUCACUUGCAGAUGAGAACAAAAUUAUCAUAGGUGCCUCAGGUGCAAUUCCUGCAUUGGUAGAAUUGCUCCAAAAUGGAAGUAUCCGUGGGAAGAAAGAUGCUGCAACAGCACUGUUUAAUCUCUGCAUCUAUCAAGGUAACAAGGGUCGGGCUGUGAGGGCAGGGAUUAUUACAGCGCUGUUGAAGAUGUUGACAGAUUCAAGAAACUGCAUGGUUGAUGAGGCUCUAACUAUAUUGUCAGUUCUCGCUAGCAACCAAGAGGCUAAGAUAGCUAUUGUUAAGGCUAGCACCAUACCUGUUCUGAUAGAUCUUCUGAGAACAGGUCUGCCGUGCAACCAAGAGAAUGCAGCCGCAAUCUUACUUGCUCUGUGUAAGAAAGAAACAGAUAAUCUUGCCUGUAUUAGUAGGCUAGGUGCUGUCAUACCCUUGACGGAACUUGCUCGGAGUGGCACAGAGAGAGCCAAGCGAAAGGCCACUUCAUUGUUGGAACAUCUUCGCAAGUUGCAGCGGCCGUAGCUGCUCAAGUGAAAGCAAUGAUCUUCUCUAACUUCUUUUGUAGUUCUUCAAUUCCAAUUAUUUGACAGUGAUUACCACACCAUCCCUUUGGCCUGUGAACUGAGGAUGAGAGCAUGAGAUACAAAAUCAUUCUCAUUGCUUUUUUAAUUUGCAUUUAUUCCAUUUGAUUUUUGGUUCCCACGUGUAAGAAAUACAUUUGAUCUUUGAAUUUCACUUGUGAGGAUUGAUGGUA